AUGUCUACUGAAGAUAAGCAGGUUUGUGAGGCAGUAGUUGAAAGGAAGGGGAUAGGACAGGAAGACAGAGAGGAUUCGGGAAUCAGUGAUAAUGGAGUGUCAUUAGAUAGCCCAUUAGCACAUUCAACUAGUUAUCCCAAGACACCGGGACAAACGAUGGGUAAUAAGUCAGUUUCAGAGGAUGCAGAUAGGUGGUCGAAGUUGGUAGACUUGAUAAAGGAGGGUUUACAAGAAAGAAGAGAAAUAGUAGAAAAAUUUAGAGAAGCAGUAAAGGAAGAUUUCCAAAAAACUAGAGAAUCAUUAAAGGAAUGUUUUCGAGAAACAAGAGAAAGGAGGGAAAUAUGCUACAAAUCCCUAAAGGAAGAUUUACAAGAAACUAUAGUACAAGAGAUCAAAACAUCGUACACGAAGAUGGAAUGUAAUCUGAAGAAGGAAAUGCAGGAGUUACCAGAACGACUGAAGAUGAACGUCGAUAAGAGAGAGAGUAAGCUACAGGAGAAUAUAGACCAAGUCCAGGGAGACGUGGAAAAGAUAGAAGGGAAGCUAACAAAAAAGAUAGAAGACGAUAUUGAAGAAACUAAAGCCGAAUUGGGAGAAAGGGUCACCGAAGUGGAAACAAAUUACGAUCAUGGAAUCGCCGAGAUAACGCAGAUGCAGAAACAAUGUAAUGAUGCGGUUAAGGGGAUAGGAGAUAGUCAAAACCAAUUGGCUGUCAAUCUGGGAAAUGCUAUAGCCAUGCGACGAGAAGAGGAUAAUCAGAGGGUUGCAAUGGAAGGCGAGGCUUUCACUUGGGGAAUUAAGAAGAAGGAAGGGACUAAGGUUAAUGCAAAAUCAAAGAAAAUAAACUCUGAAAUAAAUAAAUUCAACCACGUUUAUAAGGGACCAUACAGGAUUAUAAAAAUUGGUCAUCCUAACACUGUGGAGUUGGAGUAUGCACGGACAAGGAGAGUGCAUGGUAAGGAACAUGUGGAAAACAUAAAAAGGUACUACUCACACGAGAACAGGGAUAACCCAGAUGAGGAAGAGGUACGAAUUGAAGAAAGUUAA